CCGACUGACUGUCUGCCAGAUAGUGAGACAGUUCGCACUUGGUCUGCAGUUGGAAAUCAAGUUUACAGCGCGCCACUUUAAAAUUCCCACGAACACUCUUUAGCCUUUCUGGUUCGAACCUCGAACACACUUUUAUGCCUUCUACUGCGUAGAGCUUCUCCAACGGUUUUUGUUGCUAUCGCUAUCGGAGUAUGCUUAUUCUGGCGUCAGCAUGCUGCAUGCAGUACCGGAGAUAAGCGGCCCAUCGGAGUGUAACCGCUGUAUCGUAUUCUAAUCUACUCAGUUGUGUUUGCACUGCCCCAGUCUUCGGCAUUGUCUUCCACAUUUUCACAUUUUCAAUUUGACACUCCCGAUAUUCUUUCAAUAUGAGUAAUAACUGAGUGUGAAGAAUCACUGACUAACGGUUUUUCGCGUCAAUAUAAACCGGGAUACUUGUUUGUUAAACUCUGUACACGUUUGGGACGACUAUUGUCACUAGACUCACUACUCACUUGUGGAGUCAUCACCGCGUUGAGCUGACAUAUUCCGAUGUUGGUGUCUUCCCGCGGAAAUCGUGCUCUGGAUUGGAUCGAUUCUGAUAAUACGUAUACUAUUAAUGCGCAACAGAUUGGCAGAAAAUGCUUAUCAAAGAGUAUCGAAUAAUUCUGCCUAUGUCAGUGGAGGAGUACCAAAUCGCCCAGCUGUACUCCGUUGAUCAGGCAUCGAAAAGGGAAACCGGUGGAGGCGAAGGAGUGGAAAUUGUCACCAAUGAAAAGUACGACGGUGUUAAUCUGCUGGAAGGCCAACCGACUUCCGGCCAGUUCACUCACAAAGUCUAUCACAUGAAAAGUAAAGUUCCUGCAUGGCUCAGAUUCAUUGCUCCGAAAGGAUCUCUUGAAUUUCAUGAAAAAGCAUGGAAUGCUUAUCCUUAUUGUCGCACGAAGUAUUCGAAUCCCCAGUAUAUGAAAGAUAAAUUUUGGCUUACGAUUGAAUCUCUGCAUUUAGCCGAUCGCGGAACGUCAGAAAAUGUCCACAAUCUUCCACCCGAAAAGCUAGCAAAACGGGAAGUGGUCUACAUUGACAUCGCUAAUGACUAUGUUGAUCCCAAGGAAUAUAAAGCAGAAUGGGAUCCCAGUAAAUUUCGAUGCGAGAAAGCUCAGAGAGGGCCGCUUACCGGGAACUGGAAGGAUACGGCUGACCCGGUAAUGUGCUGUUAUAAACUGGUUACGAUUGAGUUCAAAUGGUUCGGAAUACAAUCCAAAGUGGAGAGCUGGUCACACAAGGCGGAGCGUAAGCUGUUUUUGAAUUUUCAUCGACAAGUGUUUUGCUGGAUGGAUGAAUGGUAUGGGCUGACAAUGGAUGAUAUUCGGGAAAUCGAAGAAAAAACGAAAGAAAUGCUGGAUGAACAGCGACGAAAGGGUGAACUUCGUUCACUGUACGUGCCUGCCGAUGAAUGAAAGAAAAUGGUUAUGCCUUCGAAUUGUGCCUGUGUGGAUACAACACCGGUGGCCUUUAGUGUUAGGAUUUUCUACAGUUUAAUCGUGCGUUACUUGAUUUCUAAAUAGUGAUCAGAAUGGAAUGGGGAACUUACACAUUCCGAUCAGCCUGUGUAUCUGGUAGCUUUUCGUACUUACUAGUCUCAUGAAGCAGCGACUAUUAGAAAAUGAAGGAGUUUUUACUUUAUAGUGCUUGACUUUUUAAUUGUAACUAAACGCUAGUGCAUUUAUGUUGCUGUUGUGAACAAAAGCCACAACGUUGGAUCGAAAUUAAAGUGUCAACGAAUUCCGUAAACAA